CACCAGCUCACCCGCAAAAUGUACCGAAACCUGGGAGAACUGUUGACCCGGGGAGCGGGCGGUCUCCUGGCCUCCGCCGCCGACUCGGCGCUGCCGGCGUCCGCCUCGCUGCUGCGGUACCGCGGUUACAGCCAGGCCGCGGACCGGGGCGACGACCCGAACUUUUUCACGAUGGUGGAGGGCUUCUUCGACCGUGGAGCCGCGAUCGUGGAGGACAAGCUGGUGGAGGACCUGAGGACCCGGGAGACCCCUGAGCAGAAGCGGAAGAGAGUCCGCGGUAUCCUGCGGAUCAUCAAGCCGUGUAACCACGUUCUGAGCGUCUGCUUCCCGAUCCGGAGGGACAGCGGCGAGUGGGAGGUGAUCGAGGGCUACAGGGCUCAGCACAGCCAGCACCGGACGCCCUGCAAGGGAGGGAUCCGGUACAGCACCGAGGUGUCUGUGGAUGAGGUCAAGGCUCUCGCCUCCCUGAUGACCUACAAGUGCGCCAUCGUGGAUGUUCCGUUCGGUGGAGCCAAAGCUGGAGUGAAGAUCAACACCAAGAACUACACGGACAGUGAGCUGGAGAAAAUCACCAGGCGGUUCACCAUCGAGCUCGCCAAGAAGGGAUUCAUCGGGCCUGGUAUCGUCGUUCCGGCUCCGGACAUGAGCACCGGGGAGCGGGAGAUGUCAUGGAUCGCUGAUACCUUCGCCACGACCAUGGGACACUACGACAUCAACGCCCACGCCUGUGUGACGGGGAAGCCCAUCAGCCAGGGCGGGAUCCACGGCCGGAUCUCUGCGACAGGCCGCGGCGUUUUCCACGGCAUCGAGAACUUCAUCAACGACGCGUCCUUCAUGAACCGGGUCGGGCUGGCGCCGGGCUUCCAGGACAAGACCUUCGUCAUCCAGGGCUUCGGGAACGUGGGCCUCCACACCAUGCGCUACCUGCACCGCUUCGGCGCCAGGUGUGUGGGCGUGGCCGAGAUGGACGGCAGCAUCUGGAAUCCGCGCGGCAUCGACCCCAAGCAGCUGGAGGACUACAAGUUGGCCAACGGGACCAUCGUGGGGUUCCCGGACUCGACGCCGUACGAAGGCAGCCUGCUGGAGGCCGACUGCGACAUCCUGAUCCCCGCUGCCAGCGAGAAGCAGCUGACGCAGCGCAACGCGCACCGCGUCAAGGCCAAGAUCAUUGCAGAGGGAGCCAAUGGGCCGACCACGCCUGAGGCGGAUCGGAUCUUCCUGGAGAGGAACAUGCUGGAGAUACCGGACAUGUACCUGAACGCGGGGGGCGUCACCGUGUCGUACUUUGAGUGGCUGAAGAACCUGAACCAUGUGAGCUACGGCCGGCUCACCUUCAAGUACGAGAGGGAUUCGAACUACCACCUGCUGAUGUCCGUCCAGGAGAGUCUGGAGAGGAAGUUUGGAAAACUGAACGGCUCCAUUCCAGUUGUUCCCACCUCGGAGUUCCAGGACCGGAUCUCCGGAGCGUCUGAGAAGGACAUCGUCCACUCGGGCCUGGCCUACACCAUGGAGCGCUCUGCCAGGCAAAUCAUGCAGACGACCAGCCGGUACCAGCUGGGUCUGGACCUGCGGACGGCGGCGUACGUCAACGCCAUCGAGAAGAUCUUCAAGGUUUACAGCGACUCUGGGCUCAUCUUCACAUAAGGUUCCGGUUCUGGUUCUGGUUCCAGACGCUACCCGCCUCCCUUGGUGCUCCUGCUGCUUCCUCGCUCCUCUUCCUCGCUCCUCUUCCUCACAGCCCACCGGACCGCAGAGCCGCCACUCACUGAGGCCUUCAGAUGGAUCAGAACCAUGUGGACCGGCCGGAUCAGGGAACGCCUUGACUUCAACUCCGAGUUGUUCUGAUGGACCGAACCAGGAAGUUCCUUCCAAAAUAAAAGCCCUCUGGCAGGAUAAAAGUUCUGCUGCAGUCAGAUGGACUGGGUCAGAACCACUGACUGGUUCUACUUGACCUCCACAUAGUUCUGGUCACAUGUUUACAUACACCUUGUUUACGUUUCUGUUACUUUAAUCAACCCGGUUAAUGGUUCUGGUUCUGGUCGGGUUCUUGGCUCCUCCAGAUGGUUCUCUCUCCUCCGAUUUAAAUUCUGCUGCUUAGAUUCAACAAACCGACCUAAAACUCUCAGGCCCGGUUCUGGUCCCAAAAUGAAAUCCAAAACCUCCUGAACCUUUCCAGUAGAGGACAGAACCCGACCAGAACCAGAACCGGAUUCCCAUCUGUCUGAUCAUGAAUGUGUUUUGACCAAAGAUCGCCCUAAAAGCUGCUGCUUUUUUCUACGCUUUUUUCUACAUUUUUACAACAAAAUAUUUAAAAAUUUAACUUAAAACUAGAUUUUAUUUUCAAAAAUUAUCUGAAAACAGAUUUAUUUUUGAUUUGGAGAAAGAAUCAACUUUGCCAAAGUGACUUUGCACAUUUUCCAUGGCUGGCCCAAGCCUUUUUGGGGCCCUGAGCAGAUCUUCUCUAGGGGCCCCAGACCAACAUGUCAGCACCCAAUAUGUCAUCAUUUCUAGGCUACACGGAGCGUUUAGCAUCAUUAUUAUUAUGGAUGUUGAUUUUUAACCUCUAAAAAUCAACAUCCUAAUUAGCAUUUUGAAAAGACGAGUGGUGCUUAAUGGUGGCAAAUUAAUAAGCAAUAUGCAAACAAUGUUUAUGAAAUAACUGAACUUCUGUUCAUUACUUCUAUAUUUUAUGUUUUAGUCAGAUUUGUGUUAUUGAAGACAUUUAAUUUGAUAGUAAACAACCCAAACAAAUGAAAUUUUUAAGAUUUACAAUGAAUGUAAGCUGGUAAAGAUCAGUUGCUCCAACUGAACUCGUUCAUAUUUAGAUGUUUUUUUCUCAGAAACGCAGUAAUGACACAAUCUGUUAAUCUGUAAAAUUAUUAAUCUGUAAAAUUCUCCCUCAGGUUCAGUUCCUCUGUGGACUGAAAGUCUUUUUAUUUUUCUGAUCCUGAUCUUAAGUUCUGUUCAUUUCUUCUGUUUCUGAACUUUCAGUUUCUCUGUAAGAAUCUAUGCAAACGCAGGUGGCUCCCCCUGUCGGCGCCUUGUGAAAGCUUGGGGCAAUUUGUUUAUGCUGCAUGAAAAAUUAUUUUUCUGAUCUGUCUCCUUUAACUCAAGCUGCUCUUCUUCUGUAUUCAGGGGUUGGUUUAGCUUUUUGUGAGAACAGGAAGUUAAAUAAAGCACAAACCACUUCCGGUUGUUUUCUCUCAUUUUGUUACAUCACUGUAGCCUUUGAAAGUCUGGAACAUGUUCAAACUGAAGCUAUCAGGAUUAUUCUCAGAAUAAAAUAAGGAUUAAGUGCA